AUGGCAUCCAACAUGGAUCACCAUACCAAUAGCUCUACCUCCUUGGAUGAGCCAGACAACCAAGACAUAGCAACCACUGUCGUCCAGGCAACCACUCUCAGUCUCAUCUUCCUAAUCGUCUGCUUCCUUAACUUUCUCGUCACGUUCACAUUCUAUAAGAAGGCUUACCUUAUGACGCCGAGCAACAGGUUCGUCUUCAGUCUGACGCUGUCUAAUUUUGUCGGUGGCGUUGUGGUUCUUCCGUUUAACCUGAUCAGCUGCUUGUGUCACGAGUGGAUCUUUGGGGUUAUGUGGUGCAAUCUGACAGGGUUCGUCACGGUGUCUGUCACGGCUGGUAGCCUCCUCACCUUGACCAUAAUCACUGUUGACAGAUAUUUCGCAAUAUCACAGCCGAUGAUGUACCCAAUAAAAGUGACAUGCACAAGGACUGUAGAGUUAAUCGUUCUCGUGUGGAUUCUUGCCCUAGUAUGUAGUCUUCCUCCGGUCUUCGGUUGGUCUCAGUAUCGCUACAACCAAUCAAGAUCCAGUUGCUUCAUCAACUGGAGUCAUCACCCAUCUUACGCAGUUUUCUUCUCAGUUGCUUACGUCUGCACCCCGCUACUAAUCAUGUCUUGGUGCUAUGUGAAGAUUUUACAAGUAGCCCAUGUGCACAAGAGGAGAGUAAGUAAUGGGAGUGUCGUUGCCACGGGAACCCUUCGGAAUCGCAGAGGCUCUCGUCGGACUUCUCUACUGGUGAAUAUACGAAUGAGUUCGCCUUUUAAGGCGAUGAGAACUGUUGUGCUAACGAUGGGAGCUUUUUGUAUAAUAUGGGGACCAGUGACAGUGGAACUUCUGUACGAGGCAUUUAACGGCAUUCUUAAUAUACCUCACUGGGUGUUGACCUCCGUGACCUCUCUGUGGUACGCAAGUUUUAUCAUGCACCCUCUUGUGUAUGCCGUUUGGAACAGGAGUAUUCGAAGGGAGCUUCUCUCUUGGUUUUGUUCUCGAGGACGAUGGCUGGAUGAUGAGAUGCCGUUAUUUGCUCCGAGGAAUAAAGAGACGCGGGCCGUGAGCAUAAGUGGGAGUAUUGGAGAUCUUAGUUUUGCAACAUCAGUACAGAAUAAAGCAUCUUCUUUGGGUGUCACUACUGGUGCAACUCUUCCAUACAACUCAAGCAACGACUCAGGUACGGUACUUACUUGCAUUGAAGAGAGCGACGACGUUGGAGAUAGUGGCGAUCUCAUCUUGAGGAUGCAGCCCAACUCCCUAGCAAGGAGAAGACCCGCAACCAAGGGGAACCCCCUUCAGACUGUGGUGGAUGUUCAUACUCCUAUCGGGUUUAUUCAGGGGUCUCAAGACUCGCUGGAAGACGGCGAUAAGAUAUCUGUGAUAGGAGAGGAGGAGGACUGUAAAGAUGAAGGUAUUCUUGAAGAUGCUUAG